CUUUUGGGUCUGAAGACUUCAAGUCGCAUCGGAGCCGAAAAUGUUAUCCCAGAAUGUUCAAUUGCUGAUAUUAUCUUUGGCUACUUGUGUUUUCGUGGGGCACGCAAAGCCUCCGAGCAAAUCGUCAAUGGACAAAAUGCGUUGACGGGAGAGUUUCCGCAUCAGGUGUCUCUUCAAACCAGGAAGCGACACAUCUGUGGAGGAAGCAUCAUCGAUGCUACGCACAUCUUGACUGCUGCUCAUUGUGUUCUGAAUGAUAAUGGCAGUGUGACACAGGGAAUUGAUGUGGUUACAGGAACUCUUGAUUCAUUGAACCGAACUGUUGAUAAUGUCUUCAUGGUUUCACGGAUUAGUUAUCACACGAGAUAUUCCCCGAAAGACAACUGGAGAAAUGAUAUUGCAAUUAUAACGUUACGGAAGCCAAUUCCUUAUAACGAGUAUCAAAGACCCAUCAAUCUACCAACGAGCAAUGUACCUCCUGGUGCGCGUGUUGUGGCAAGUGGUUGGGGUGCGGAGGUAUACUUGGGUGACAAAACCAGGGGUGUUCGAUACCUCCAAAAGCUACCGAUGAGUGUUCUUGGUGUUCAUCAAUGCCAGAAAAUUUUGGGGACUAGGAUUCAGUAUCAACAGAUCUGCGUUGCGAGUGCUGCAACAACUGGGGUUUGUCUUGGUGAUAGCGGCGGCCCAUUGACCUAUGGGGACACAAUCGUUGGAAUAGCUUCCUGGGUUAUUCCCUGCGGCACUGGAUAUCCAGACGUCUACACUCGUGUCUACGAAUACCUUUCAUGGAUCCAACGAGUCCUCCAGGAGAAGUAAUUAUAACAUUAACCUUGGAUUUCAAAUGUACCCCGUAUUUUCAAUUAUGACCUAAGGAAUAUACUCCCACCAGUGAUUUACA